AAGAACCGGAUUCUGGACGAACAUUUUCUUGUGUUACACAACACAUUGCCACCUGUUCGAGAGCGUAAAAUGACCUCUGUUCACACAUUUGAAAUAUAUUUGGCAUAAAGUGGUGGAUAUUGUAAGAGGCGCUUUAAUAACGACACAAUAUGAUAUUAGACGACGAAAUUCAGCGGCGAGGUGGACUUUGAACACUGCAACACACUUCGUGUUGGCCUAUUAGGGUCAUGUCAUAAAUGGAGUCAAAUAAAUGUCAUUAGGUUAUGGUCAUGUCUUAAAUGCAGUCAAAUAAAGUUGUACUAAAGAUGCAGAACAUCUUUAGAGCGACACUUCGCGUGUUCAAAUCCAACCCAGGCUGCUUCUCUGGGAUGAGCACGGGAGAAUUAUCAGAAAGUUACCAUCACGAUGACACAUGUUUAACAAAGGAGGCGUCUCUCUACAUUCACUGGCCUUACUGCCUGAAGCGAUGCUCCUACUGCAACUUCAACAAGUACAUCCCUAAAGACAACAAUAACCACAUAAUGACCCAGUGUCUUCUGCGGGAGACAGAGACUCUGCUGCAACUUAGUCAAGUGUCCUGCAUCACCUCUGUGUUCUUUGGCGGGGGGACCCCGAGCCUGGCGCACCCCUCCACUGUCUCUGCCUUGCUGGAACUGGUCUCCAGACGUGUGGGCCUUGCAGAUACAACCGAGGUCACCUUGGAGGUCAAUCCAACUCCUGAGGGGAGGUCAAAGUUGAAGGAUUUUAGCCAAGCAGGGGUUAACCGUUUCUCCAUUGGGGUGCAGUCUUUGCAGCAAGAGAGCUUAAAACUCUUGGGCCGAGACCACAGCCCCAAGCAGGCUGUGCAGACCAUAGAGGAGGCUCGCAGGCUGUGCCCGGGCAGGGUGUCGGUAGACGUCAUAUUCGGACGCCCCAACCAAACCUUGCAAUCCUGGGAGGCGGAGUUGUCAGAGCUGCUGAUGCUGAGCGACCAGCAUGUGUCCCUCUACCAGCUGACCCCGGAGCGAGGGACCUUACUCUUUAAACAGCUACAAGGCGGUGAAGUGGCGUUGCCCGACGAGCACCAGAUGGCGGAGAUGUAUGAGAGCGCCAGGAGGAUGCUACAGGAGCACGGAUUCCAGCAGUACGAGGUGUCAAACUUUGCCAGACAUAAUGCAGUGAGUCAUCACAACAUGAACUACUGGAAGGCAAGACAAUACAUCGGUGUUGGUCCAGGGGCACAUGGCCGCUUUGUCCCUCUCGCUGAGGGAGGUGUCCAGCGCGAGGCCCGCACACAGACCUUGGAGCCUGACCAAUGGAUCCGCGAGGUCCGGCAGAUGGGACACGGGACAAGAAGGAGGAUUCUUCUAGGACGCCUUGAACUACUGGAGGAGGCCUUGGUGAUGGGCUUGAGAACCACAGAGGGCAUCACUCACGAGGACUGGCAGCUGUUCAGUCCACAGCUGGACCUUGGUGACAUCUUCGGCUCAUCCGCUGACGUCCAAGAUUUCUUCCACGGAUGCUCUCUGAUCCUCGACGACAAAGGCUUGCGCUGCUCAAGGGAUGGUCUGGCCUUACUGGACAGCAUGCUGCCCACCCUGCUGCUGGAACUGGAGAGGAAAAUCCCCCAGCCCCCAAAAGAGUCCUCCCCAACCCUGUCUCUCCUCCUGGCUGCUGCUUAUAACAGAGCGACAGGUGAUUAGAUAAAAAGGCCCAGGUGGGCCGUCUACGCACCUGUCGCUGAUUUCGAGGCCGGUCCUGGCAACAUCCCGCUUUGCUGCAGGCCCGCAGGCCACGCCCCCUCCACAAUUAGCUUCAGAAUAACAAUGUUAUUACAAAGAAUAAGAGACUUAUUAUACUCUGGAAAUGUUGGUCUUACUUAGAAAUGCACGCUUUUAGUUGUGUUCAGUGUAUAAAAAAAAUAUUAUAUGGCUCUUAGGGAAAUACAUUUUUAAAUAUUUGGCUUCUUGGCUCUCUCAGCCAAAAAGGUUCCCGACCCCUGCGAUAGCCCUUUCUUCCCCGACCUGCUGUAGCACGUUUUCUUUACUUCUCUUGCCCGACCAGCGGAUGUUGAUGACCUUCCGCCACAUCCACAUCUCGCAGCUUUCCAGUCUUCUGAGCUCUUCUUUGCCAAGUGUCCAUGUUUCUUGUGCCCCAGACCACUGUCUUGAUUAUUCUCUUUCUAAAGGACAGACUAAAGACCUUCGUCAGCAGUUCUUUUCUCGUAGAAAACUCAUCUUUCGCACGUACGAUCCUUGACUGGUUUGUGUGAUAGCAAAAUUACUUGUACUCGUUUUAAUAGAUGAUGGUCUUUGGACUGGGUACCAAAAGUUGUUUAUUGGGCUCAAGAAUGUGACACUUAGCAAGAGAUAUAUUAUCUGAUCAAGCUCUGUCUCCUGUGUCUCUGAUGUGACAUGUGGACUUUAGUUGACCUGGGCAUAUGUGUCAUUUAUUCUUGACC